ACAAUUUGACACACAAACUAGUGACAAUAUAAUCUUAUGCCACUAGAACUCCAUAUUCAAAUCUAGUUUUACAUCUCUCUCUCUCUCUCUCUCUCUCUCUGCGCGUGAACCUCUGCUUCUCCAUGGCUACCUUGCAGUCAUCUUUUAGCAGUCCAACAAUCAAAAUCCAAAGCUCCCAACAGUUCUUCACAAAAUUGAACUCCAUAAAAACCAGAAAUCUUAUCUUCUCCAACAGAAAAAGUUACCCAAAACAAUCAACUGUCAUAAAAUGCUCCACUAUUCCAAGUUUGUACCCUGAAAUUCAAGAAACUGAUGAAGAGCAAAGAUGGGAAGACACGAGGCCUGUUAAUGAAAUCUGGAGAGAACUUCAUGGCUGCAACAACUGGGAAGGCCUCUUAGACCCCAUGAAUUCUAAUUUACGCAACGAAAUUAUUCGUUAUGGCGAAAUGGCUCAAGCCUGUUAUGAUUCAUUUGAUUUUGAUCCUCACUCAAAAUACUGUGGAACUUGCAAGUAUCAAGGGGCACAUUUCUUUGAAAGAUUAGGCAUGGCAGAUAGAGGCUACACUUUAACAAGACAUCUAUAUGCAACUUCAAAUAUAAACUUGCCAAAUUUCUUUCAGAAAUCUAGGCUGAGCAGUAUUUGGAGUCAGCAUGCAAACUGGAUGGGGUAUGUGGCAGUAGCUACUGAUGAAGAGGAGAUCCGCCGACUAGGGCGGCGAGAUAUAGUGGUGGCGUGGAGGGGCACCGUGACCUACUUGGAAUGGAUUCAUGAUCUCAAAGACAUAUUACAUCCCGCCCAUUUUAGGAAUGAUCCAUCGAUCAAGAUUGAAUCAGGGUUCUUUGAUUUGUACACGACCAAGGAAAAGACGUGCAAAUAUUGUGCUUUUUCAGCUCGUGAACAAAUUCUUGCUGAAAUCAGGAGGAUUAUCCACCGGUACCCAGGAGAAAACUUGAGCAUAACAAUAACAGGCCACAGUCUUGGAGCUGCCUUAGCUCUAUUAAGCGCCUACGACAUUGCUGAGGUUGAAUUAAACGUUGUAGAUGACGGAGAAACGACGACAAAAAUUCCCAUCACCGUAUUUUCGUUCUCGGGCCCUAGGGUUGGAAACUUAAAGUUCAAAGAAAGGUGUGAUGAGCUUGGAAUUAAAGUUUUAAGAGUCAUCAACGUGCAUGAUAAGGUCCCAACGGUGCCUGGAAUUAUUACAAAUGAGAAAUUCCAAUAUCAAAAGUACUUGGAGAAGGCCAUAUCAUUUCCGUGGAGUUAUGCACAUGUUGGAGUUGAAUUGCCAUUGGACCACACCCGCUCUCCAUUUCUAAAGAACAAUAAUGAUAUGAGAUGUGCACAUAAUCUUGAGGCCCACUUGCAUUUAGUGGAUGGCUACCAUGGAAAAGACAGGCGAUUUUGCUUGGCCACAAAAAGAGAUAUUGCACUUGUUAACAAGAGUUGUGACUUUCUGAAAGCUGAUUAUGGUGUGCCACCAUAUUGGUGGCAGGAUGAGCACAAAGGGAUGGUGAGGACUAGCGACGGGAGGUGGAUGCUGCCGGAGCGGCCUAGGGUCGAGGCACUUCCGGCGGACACUGCCCACCAUUUUGAUCAAGUGAUCAGAUAUUCUAGGGCCAAGCUAGGUUUACUAUAGGCAUUAAAGUUAGUGCUACCUAUAACGUGCCUGUAUUUAAUUCAGACGCUAUGAUCUUUUUCUUUACAAUGAGAUAAGAGUUUCAUCUUUCACUUCGCUUGUAAACUUUAAAGAAGAAAUGAAAUCCAGCAACUUCAAUGCAUCA